AUUAAUGACAAGGCUCAGGCCAUUUGACAGUUAUAGCAAAUUUGAAUGCCAGAUUAUGUUCGAGACCUUCAACUCUCCACCUUUGUAUGUGGCCAUCCAGGCUAGUCUGUCUCUGUACGCUUCUGGUCCUACGACGGGCAUUGCUUUUGAUUUUGGUGAUGGUUUCACCCGCACUAUGUCCAUCUACGGUUUACACCCUUCCCACGCCAUAGCGACACUGGAUCUCGCUGGGCAUCAACUGACAGAAUACUUCAUGAAGAUCCUCACCCAGCGUGGUUCAUCCUUCACCACCACUGCCAAGAGAGAAAUUGCCAGGGACAUCAAGGAAACACUUGCCCAUGUGGCACUUGACAUCGAACGGGGGAUGGCUACUGUUGCGACUUCUUCCUCCGUGGAAAAGAGCUACGAGCUUCUCGACGAUCAUACCAGCACAAUUGGUAACGAGAGGUUCCGUUGUCCAGAGGCUCUCUGCCAGCCAUCCAUUUUGGGCAUGGAAUCUGCUGGUGUCCACGAAACAUCAUAUGGUUCCAUCAUGAAGUGUUAUGUUGAUAUUCGUAAAGACCUGUACGCCAACACUGUUCUCUCAGGAGGUACCACCAUGUUCCCCCGUAUCGCCGACAGAAUGCAGAAGGAGAUCACAGCCCUUGCUCGAGCAACAAUGAAGAUCGAGGUCAUUGCUCCUCCAGAGAGAAAAUACUCCGUCUGGAUCGGUGGCUCCAACCUUGCCUUGAUGUCCACCUUCCAGCAGAUGUGGAUCAGCAAGCAGGAGUAUGAUUCCGGCCGGUUCAUUGCUCACAGAAAGUGUUUUUAGGGACUGACGUUGCAUACGAUGAGGACAUUUUGGCGAAUUCUUUUCAUCAUUGAUAAGACCACUAUUAAACAUUGUUCUUCUGAUCGUUUGUUCCAAUGAUGAUUUAUGUUCCUUUUUUUUGGAUACAUUUAUGCAGCUUUUCUGGUUGUUUUAGUAGGAUAAGUAACUUUGAUUGCUAUUUUGUUUUACAUUUUAGCUGUUUAUCUCUUGUCACAAGAGAGCGUAUAUAUUCAUCAUCCCUUCCUUUGACAUCCAUAUUGUGGCAAAGUAGGUACUUGAUUAUUAAAAUAUCAAAAU